GCACACAAACCUAGACAGUACUGAACUUUCUGAGCCAAGGUUGUGACUCCCAGUGAGCUGACUACCAGGUUUAAGGGCUGAAGUACUCGCUCUCUGUUUAGCUGCGAGAAAGUUUAUAGGAAACGAUCAGAAAGAAAGUGGCUUUUGAGUUACAGACAGAGUAGUGUAUGGUCACGCCCACUUCAAUAUAUUUCUACUCAGACAAGAUUAAAAUAGCUUUCAGUCGAACCCAAACAAAUGCCAAGCGUUCAAUUCAAGUUGUCUUAAACUUAGCCUAUAGAGAAGUUCUGUCUUAGUUUCCCAAUCCAUGUAAAAUGCCAAAUUUAUCAUAAUUUCUCUUAAGUGCGUAAGGACGUCGUAAUGCAUUUAGGAAGGAUGAUGAAAUGAAUAUGAAUGAAAUUGCUGUAUUCCCCAGAGCUGCGUCCUUGAUAGAGUGCCAUGCAGACUUGGCCAUGGACCAGGUCACAUUUAGAAGUGACACUGUUCUGUCUGAUGUGCAUCUGCUGUUACCAAAUGCUAGCCACCUCAUGAAGAGACUGAACAACGUAGGACAGCCAGUCUUCACUUCAAAGUUCAGGAUUCUGCGGGACUCGAGCGGUGAGUCGCCUGUCCGUGAGAGCACUGACGAAUCAAGUGUUCCUCGGGAUGAAGAUGGGGACCUGGAUGUGGUCAGGAGGCCCAGAUGCACCAGCUGUAACAGGGAUGCAGUAUGUCCCAUUAUCCUAAGUCAAUCUGCAGCAACGCUGACUGACGAGGAGGAAGAUUCUGAGGAAGAGGAUGGUGCCCGUGACAUCAUUAAGAUUGAGCAUACUAUGGCGACACCUCUGGAGGAUGUAGGGAAACAGAUCUGGCGUGGUGCUUUCCUAUUGGCCGAUUUCAUCCUGGCACAAGCAAGCAUGUUCAAAGGCGCCACUGUCCUUGAGCUUGGAGCUGGAACAGGACUGACCAGUAUUGUCGUGGCAAUGGUGGCCAAAACGGUGUACUGCACAGAUGUUGGUGACGACCUUCUGAGCAUGUGCCAGAGAAAUGUGACUCUGAACAAGCAGCACUUUGAACCCCAAGAUUUCCCUUCUAUACAUCCAACAGAGAGCGAAAUAAGAGUGCGGCAGCUGGACUGGAUGGCAGAUGAUUUCUGCACAGAUGCUGAUUUGGAGUUCUGCUGGACUGACGCAGAAAUAGCAGACUUACAUGAUAAUACCACUUUUGUGAUCGCGGCAGAUGUGUGUUAUGAUGAUGAUCUUACGGAUGCUCUGUUCAGAACAUUGUACAGACUUGCGAGCAACAUGCGGCACCCCAGCACAACCUACAUCUCCAUAGAAAAGAGAUUAAACUUCACGCUGAGAAACAUGGACGUGUCCUGUGAAGCUUAUGAUCACUUCUGCCACUGUCUAGACCAGUUACAGCAGAUGACAGAUGGAAAGAUGAAUUUCACGGUAGAGCCUGUGAAGAGCUCCUUUCCUCAGUUCUUUCAGUAUGAAAGGGUGGAACAGCUGGAACUUUGGAAGGUGACGGCAGAAAGACUUUAAUAUAUAGCACCAAAGGUUUUUAUGCUUUUAACACCAGGAUUUAUAAUGUUUGCAGAAUUAAUCUUUGUAAUUCCUAUUUUACUUAAACGUGAAAUUCAAGUCCUUAGUUUGUUAAUUUGCUUAAAAGUUAUUUAUUAAAAACUUUAAUAAAAAAGCAAAGGUUUUUCAGUGAAGGCCUUUCACUUUUCUUGUGAAAAUUGAUGCAAAUGUAUGUUUUACUGUGACCUGCUUGUUUUUCAAAGGAUCAUUGGGAGAGACUUUGGGGCAUGUUUUAUGAAAUUUUGAAAACAAACACAGAAUGUAUUGUUAUUGGGGUAGUAUAUUAUUACCUGUGCCAAAACUGUGUUUCGGCAAAUAUGCAUUUUAAGACACUGAAGAGAAGGAAAAGAUGUUUUUCCAUUAAAUGAAUUAUGCUUGAGCUCACAUGUUGGUGUAAAUGAAUAAAAUGGUUUAAU